GUCUUUAAAACUCCACAGCUGCUGCUUCUGGAUCAGUUCAGCCGACAUCAUGGUGUCACACAGAGACCUUCCUCUGGCCGCUGCCGUUUUUGUUUUUGCCCUUGUUUCACACAGUGAGGGCAUCAUCGGCGGCAGAGAGGCGGCUCCUCACUCUCGACCCUACAUGGCCUCCAUCCAAGUGCCAGAAGGAGAGAACAUGAAACAUGAGUGUGGAGGUUUUGUGGUGGCAGAUCAGUGGGUGAUGACUGCGGUGCACUGCAUGCCAACAGGGCCCAAUGGGAGGAAGGUGGUGCUGGGUGUCCACUCUCUGAGUGAAGCUGAGGACACGAAGCAGACCUUUGAUAUUCUGGAGCUUCACAAUCACCCCGACUUCAACGAGUUAAAUUAUGACAAUGACAUCGCUUUAAUUAAGCUGGAUCGUCCAUUUAACGCCUCUGAGGCUGUUAAAGCGGUGGAGUUCCUGCGGGCUGGGGGCACCAACCCCGGCACAGACGCAGAGGUCGAUACCGCAGGGUGGGGGUCCCUGGAUAACCUGGGCUCCAGACCAGACAAGCUGAAGGAGGUGGUCAUCGAGGUGGUCAGCUCAGCUCGCUGCAAACGCUCUGACUACUUUGGCAAGAAGUUCACCAGUAACAUGAUCUGUGCUCACAGAGUGUGUCCAGAGCCCUGCAACCAGCCACAUAAGAAGGAGGACAGCUGUGACGGCGACUCUGGAGGUCCUCUGCUCUAUAACGGCAUCGUAGUGGGCAUCACGUCCAACGGAGGAAAGAAGUGUGGCCAAAUUAAAAAGCCUGGGAUCUACACCAUCAUCUCGCACUACACUGAGUGGAUCGACAGCACCAUGGGCCUGCAGACCACCACACCAACCCAGAGCCGCUAGAUACAAAGCAGAUAUCACAGCCGUGUUUCCACCUCUGCCCUGCCUCUGCUCAGUCACUCAUUAUUCUACAUGUGGAUGAAGCUGAUGUGUUCAUAUGUUGUUCCUUUAUCAUUGUAACUAAAGCUGCAGACACAGAGCUCCUGUCACACACUGCACACAUCAAACAUCACUUUAUAAAGAAUCAAUAAAAUACAGCUGAUGACAUGUCUGCCUCCAGCUCUUCAGCAUCUUGUACAAAUAACAAAGAGAAAAUGAAUCCUUUACUAUUGUGUCAUGCAGACAGUUAUGCUCAGACACCAUGAAAUCAAACAGGCCAGGAUCAGGAAAGAAAAAGGAUCAAAGCAACAGAAGCUGCACCGGGGCCCAGUGAGGUGCAGGGGCCCAUAGAGACAGUACGGCCUCCAGCAACAUGUUGGGUGGAGAAUUGGCCCUUACGAGAGACUGUCACCUUGGAAAUACGUCUGUAUUCAUGCUGCCAUUUGCUAUAUAUGCCCUCGAAAAAGGCAAAAUUAUCGUCCAUCUUUUUUGUUUUGUAAAACAGUCAGCAGCAUCUACAACAACAUUAUAUGCUCAUAAACUAUAAAUAAACUAUUAAAGUUAUUACAUUGAA